CAUUGAAACUUAAUAUUUGUGAACAUGUCGCGAGGUAGUAGUGCUGGUUUUGAUAGGCAUAUUACUAUAUUUUCGCCUGAAGGACGGCUUUAUCAAGUGGAGUAUGCGUUUAAAGCAAUAAACCAGGGUGGUCUAACAUCCGUCGCUGUUAAAGGAGUCGAUACUGCUGUUUUUGCGACUCAGAAAAAAGUGCCUGACAAGCUACUCGAUGCUACCAGUGUUACUCAUGUUUUCCAACUCACAGAACAUAUUGGAUGUCUCAUGACAGGCAUGAUAGCUGAUAGUAAAUCUCAAGUACAACGAGCUCGGUAUGAAGCAGCUCACUUUAAAUACAAGUAUCAUUAUGAAAUUCCUGUGGAUGCAUUGUGUCGUCGUAUUGCCGACAUUAGUCAAGUGUAUACACAGAAUGCAGAGAUGCGGCCUCUUGGAUGCUCUAUGAUGCUUAUUUCAUAUGAUAAAGAGAAAGGCCCCUGUGUUUACAAGGCAGACCCUGCAGGAUAUUUCUGUGGCUAUAGAGCUGUUUCUGUUGGUGCUAAACAGACUGAAGCUAAUUCUUAUCUUGAGAAAAAAUUGAAGAAGAAACAAAAUUAUGAUCAUGAUGAAACAAUACAGUUAGCUAUUACAUGUUUAUCUACUGUUUUAUCUGUAGAUUUCAAACCAACAGAGAUAGAAAUUGGUGUGGUAUCAAAGGACAAUCCCAAAUUUCGAACUUUAACAGAACAAGAGAUUGAUAAACAUCUUACUGCAAUUUCUGAAAAAGACUAAUUAUUUUAUGUAUAAUUCUACAGAAAUAAAUGUCAUGUCUU